AUGGCUGCUCUUUUCUCUACCUCUGCCCGUCUGGCUCUUCGCUCAGGUGCAUCAGCCACCAAGGCCGGUGCUGCUGGACUGACCUUUACUCGAGGAAAGGCGACACUUCCCGACCUAUCCUACGACUAUGGUGCCCUUGAGCCCUCCAUCUCCGGAAAGAUUAUGGAGCUCCACCACAAGAAUCACCACAACACCUACGUGACCAGCUACAACACUGCUAUCACGCAGCUUGAGGAGGCCCAACACAAGGGAGAUAUCUCUGCUCAGAUCGCCCUGAAGCCUCUCAUCAACUUCCACGGUGGCGGCCACCUCAACCACACUCUUUUCUGGGAGAACCUUGCUCCCAAGAGCGCUGGUGGUGGUGAGCCUCCAUCCGGUACUCUGGCCAAGGCUAUUGAUAGCACCUAUGGUAACUACGAUGAGUUCAAGAACAAGUUCAACGCCGCUUUGACCGGUAUCCAGGGCAGUGGUUGGGCUUGGCUUGUUAAGGACAAGCAGACCGGCCACAUCGGCAUCCGCACCUACGCCAACCAGGACCCUGUUGUUGGCCAGUUCGAGCCCAUCCUCGGCAUUGACGCCUGGGAGCACGCUUACUACCUCGACUACCAGAACCGCAAGGCUGAGUACUUCAAGGCCAUCUGGGAGGUUGUCAACUGGAAGGCUGCUGAGAAGCGCUUCGCUUAA